GAAUGGCGGAGAGAAAUGAAAUCGGUCGUUCUGCCACUAUCGCAUUCACAUUACCGCUUUCAUGCUUCAUUUGCCUGGGGAAGGUUAAGGAGCCCACUGUGUGCCCCAACAACCAUGCAUUCUGCAGUACUUGUAUGGAAGUAUGGCUGGAGAGAAACAAUCAGUGCCCGUCCUGUAGAGUCCCCAUCACAUCAGCUAAUCCCUGCAGGAAGGUUAUUGGAGGUUUAAACCAGGGUGAGAAGCCAGAAGAGAGUUUCAGUAACCCAGAGCUGAGAAAGGCAAGACUGGAUAUGCUGUUCAGAGACUAUGAGGCAGAAAUUGAACAUCUUCAGACCCAGGUAAAAGAUUACAAGACAGAAAACACCACACUUCGAGAUAAAUUGACACACUCUGAUGGCACCUGCCUAACAUGUGGUGGUCUUGAGAAGGGCGAUGUGGUUACAACUGUCAUGGAUAAGAAAGUAGACAAAUUGAUGUUGCUAACUGGAAAGUUACAGGAGGCCACUGGGUUGUAUGAAAAGGUGAACCAAGACAUGAAGAAACAGAAGAAGGCAAAUGAGAAACUGAGAGAUGAAAACUUAAAGCUUGUAAGAGAAAAUCAAAACCUGCGUCAGUGUCUUGUGACCAGAUCCCCACAUAAGUAUGGCCGCUACACAGUUGCUGCCCUGGAGUCCAAAGUGGAGGCCUAUGAAAAAGAAAUAAAGCAGCUACAAAAGGCUUUAAACAGGAGUGAUGUAUACACUGAAAGCUUAGAGAAAGAAAUAGAACUUUUAAAGAAAGGUGGAGCAAACAUUUCAAAAAAUCAAAUAAAUAUCCCCAAAAGUUCACUUAAUUCCAACUUAUCUGACCUUGGGGAUAACUGUGUUGCAGUAGACUAUGCAACAUUGCCAGUCAGAGCAAGUGCGGUUCCAAUAAAAGACGACACAGUUGGGGCACAUUAUUUUGACAGAGAAAGAAAAGCCGGACUUGCUGAUCAAACCAGGCCUAGCUCUGUGAGUAAUAACAAAGGAGAAUCCAGCUCUUUGUCAUAUCUUUGGAAAAGUAUUGAGUCUGAAGAGGAAAAUGCUGAGCACUCGCCCAGCAGUUCAUUUCAGUUUGAAGCUCCGAGUCCUCUGACCCCCUCCUCUCCUCUGUCACGGCUUUGUAUUGAUAAGGCUGCCACACCGACUGGAACCCAUUCCAGCCAGGAGUCUGGAAGGAGAACUGUGAUUGAGAGGAAUUUCACAGAGAAUCAGCCAGAUGGAAACAGUGCUAAAAAGAAACUAAAAUUUGAGACCGAGAAAGAGUUUGAUACAUCAAAAAGACCACAAGUAAUGCCUAGUACAUCGAAAGGUGCUGAUGUGACAUCUAUCUCUGUAAAAACAAAUUUAGGUAAUUUCCUACCAUAUUCAAAGGCAGGAAGUGGAUGCAAAACAGCAUAUCACAUUGAUCAGGAGUCAAAAGUAACUGUAUCUAGACCAGAAACGGGAACAAAACAGGAAUCAUGCUUGGUAGGUGCAAAGAACAGGUUAUCUGUAGGCCACAGUGACAAUAAAGAAAAGAACUCUAUAAGUACAAAGAACUUGACGAGUGGCCAAGUAAAGCAGUUCAGAAAUGCAGAACCAUUUGACUUUAGAGUUCCAACAAAAGCAAAUGUACCAAAAAGUAGUAAUUUGAACCAACCAAUUGAGAGGAGACAACUUGAAAACCAUUUUGAUGAAACUCUUGAUACUACAGUUGCCAUUCAAAAUGAAGUUGCUGAUCUUGACAUAACGCUGACCCCAGAUUUAACUGACUGUCUGAAACUACUGAAGAAAGCUGAGAGAAAUAUUCAGAAUGUAAAUCCUAUAAAAGUUGAUACCAAUGCUACAAAUAGCAAACCUGCUAGUACUGCUCACAAUGAAGCAUACUACAAAACUAGCCAACCCAUCUCCAAAUCCAGUUUUUCAUCUUCCCAGACCUAUAAACAAAAGUUGUACAAUGAAAGAAAUAGACCGAAGUCUGAGACUGCAUGUACAAAGGUCAGUGAUGUGUCGGACAUGGAAGUGACUCCUUCUUCAUCCACAGAUAGGCUGGAGAUACGAGACGGAGGAGACCCAGUGUACAGACCAGGCUCUAAGAUGGAGGGUUCAGCUAUAAGGAGCAGCAGACCACUUAGCAGACAGAGGAGUGAUGUACCAGUAGGUGAAAAUUCUUCAAAUACUGUGGAGAAGGAAAUGGAGACGGGAACUAGUAGUGAGUUUCUGUGCCAAAUUCUGGAGUAUGGAAAACCAAAUACAUACAGAGAACCUCACAGUCAUGUCAGAAAGAGCACUGGGAAGGCAGUUAAAAAUGUUGAUGGAGCUGAGGAUGUAGAUAAAAUAUUAUUUAACAGCAGACUGUUACAAGAGGAAAGGAAGAGGUCACUUACUGGAAUAGACCCAGUAAAGUCCAGUCCAUCCAAGUCUAAAAAACCAAAUGCCUGAGUGGAACAGGCUUUACAUAACAUAACAUAACAUAACAUAGGCAUCGAAUGUCUGCAACAAGUUACAAAUCUAGGUCAUGCAGACAAAACUUUGGUGUAUUAGAGCAGAACCUUUGAAGGCUGAACUGCUUCACAUGCUUUGAAAAAAACUUUGCUGACCUUGAUUACAUAGAAUGCAAAAUAUUCAUAAACUGGGACAUGUAGUUAAUUUUUAACAUCUGACAUUGUUCCUCUACAAAUUUUUUGAUAGGCCUCCAUUUUAAAGUACUCGUCAUCUACUUCACCUCAAAAUACACUUAUUGUGAAGAUUAUGAAAUAAAGCAGUUUCUUCAGUCUGAUUCAGUACAAGUAGGUUGGUCAAGCAACCAGUGAAAUGUAAAUCUUGUAUUUUUGCUUCCAUAAAAAAAACAUAAAUGGGUAGCAAUUACUUUGUAAUGUACCUUUGAAGCACUGGUAACACUUGCACAAGGAGUAUGGUU